GUUCAGGAGCUGCAGAGUCCUCCGAGAGCGAGUCAGGUUGUGAAAGACUGUGUUAAAGCCUGUCUGAACUCCACAUAUGAGUACAUCUUUAAUAACUGCCACGAGCUCUACAGCCGAGAGUAUCAGAAUGACCCUUCAAAGACGGUUCCACCUGAAGAACAGGGUCCGAGCAUCAAGAACCUGGACUUCUGGUCCAAACUCAUCACCCUCAUCGUCUCCAUCAUAGAAGAGGACAAGAACUCCUACACACCCUGUCUGAACCAGUUUCCUCAGGAGCUGAAUGUGGGGAAGAUCAGUGCGGAGGUGAUGUGGAACAUGUUUGCUCAGGAUAUGAGAUACGCCAUGGAAGAGCAUGAGAAGAACAGACUGUGCAAGAGCGCUGAUUAUAUGAACCUGCACUUCAAGGUGAAGUGGCUCUACAACGAAUACUGCAAGGAGCUAAUCCUCUUUAAGGAGCGCGUGCCCGAAUAUCCAGCAUGGUUCGAGCCCUUCGUGAUCCUCUGGUUGGAUGAGAAUGAAGAAGUUUCCAGAGAUUUCCUACAUGGAGCACUGGUCAGGGAUGCAAAGGACGGGUUCCAGGUGACGUCGGAGCAUGCGCUCUUCUCCUGCUCGGUGGUGGACGUCUUUUCUCAGCUCAACCAGAGCUUCGAGAUCAUCAGGAAGCUGGAGUGCCCAGAUCCACAGAUUGUUGGCAAUUACAUGAAGAGGUUUGCUAAGACCAUCGGAAAUGUUCUUCUGUCAUACGCCGACAUCAUUACCAAGGAUUUCCCCACUCACUGCAAGAAGGAGAAAGUGCCCUGCAUCAUCAUCAAUAAUAUCCAGCAGCUGCGCGUUCAGCUGGAGAAGAUGUUUGAGGCCAUGGGAGGGAAAGACUUAAACGUGGAGGCCAGUGACUUCAUGAAGGAUCUGCAGGUCAAGCUGAACAAUGUGAUGGAUGAUCUCAGCAGGGUCUUUGCCGUCAGUUUCCAGCCGCACAUCGAGGAGAACGUCCGGCAGAUGGGAGAUAUUCUGAGUCAGGUUAAAGGAGCAAACGUUCCUGCUAAUGGAAACGGCAGCUUGGCUCAGGAUGCAGACAACGUUUUACAGCCCAUCAUGGACUUCCUGGACAGCAAUUUGACUCUGUUCGCUAAGAUCUGUGAGAAGACGGUUCUGAAGCGUGUGCUGAAGGAGCUCUGGAAACUGGUGAUGAACACCAUGGAGAAAACCAUCGUGCUGCCGCCGUUCACUGACCAGACGGGCACACAGCUCAUCUUUAAUGCUGCUAAAGAGUUGGGUCAGCUCUCCAAACUGAAGGAGCACAUGGUGCGAGAGGAGGCCAAGGCACUGAGCCCUAAACAAUGUGCAGUCAUUGAGCUCGCACUGGACACUAUUAAGCAAUACUUCCACGCAGGCGGUGUGGGUCUGAAAAAGACGUUUCUUGAGAAGAGUCCGGAUCUUCAGUCUCUGAGAUACGCUCUGUCCCUCUACACACAGGCCACAGACAAACUCAUCCGCAAGUUUGUGCUGUCGCAGCACACACAAGUUCAUGGAGGUAAAGGUGUGCGAUACACUAGCAGUGAAGACGUCUAUCCGGAUAAGCCAUCAGGAGUGGAGGAUGCAGUAGGUGAAGUGUGUAUGACGGUGGAGAUCUUCAAUGACCCGAACACUGGAGGACACAGAAUUACAGUUAAAGUGGUCUCAGCCAAUGACCUGCGCUGGCAGACACAGGGGAUCUUCCGGCCCUUCGUGGAGGUGUUCAUCAUCGGGCCAUAUCUCAGCGACAAGAAGAGGAAAUUCGCCACCAAAUCCAAGAACAACAGCUGGUCUCCGAAGUUCGCCGAAUCCUUCCAGUAUGUUCUAGGUAGUGAGCUGGGCCCCGAGGGCUAUGAGCUGCAGGUGUGUGUGAAGGACUACUGUUUUGCGCGGGAGGAUCGCACCGUGGGCACGGCGGUGCUGCAGCUGAAGGAUCUGGCAUCCCGGAGCAGCGCCGCCUGCUGGCUGCCGCUGGGAAAGCGCGUGCACAUGGACGAGACGGGGCUCACCGUCCUGCGCAUCCUCUCACAGAGAAACAACGAUGAGGUCGCCAAAGAGUUCGUCAAACUCAAGUCUGAACAGCGCUCGGCGGAGGAGGGAAGAGCAUGAGCACACACACACACACACAUGCACACUGACUGGAGGAAACACACACACACACACACACAUACACACACACACACCUGUGCUCUGCAGUCUGGGCUGGAAUAUUUUGCACUUUCUGCAUGUGAGUCUGGUGUCGUCUCCUCCACACUUCAGCAUGAUGAAGAACACUGUGAUCACACACACACACACACACACACACACACACUGCUGUCUGCGUCUCCACAAGGCCAGUGUUUUCUGCUUCUUCAGGAUUUCUCAUCAAACACACACACUGGUCGGUUUGGGUUUGGGUUUUAAUGCUUCCAGAUGAUGAGUGACUGUAAACGAGCCCUUUGGCGUUGAGGCUGGCAGUACUGUACGUGUGUUAUCUGUGUUUGUGUUCUCCACAGGCUGUGUCAUAUCUGUAGUGCGGCGUCUACUUCAAUAAUGCAGAAUUCUAGAGCAAUACACACUGACUGAAACUGCAGCACACACACACACACACACACACACACACACUGGAGUUCAAGACACAGUUCAGCUGGACAUCACACACAUGCAUCUACACAGAAAAUAUGGCUUAUGGGUGGCACGGUGGCUCAUAGGUUAGCAUUGUGGCGUCACAGCAUGAAGGUCACUGGUUCGAG